AUGUCCAAACCUUCAGACCACAUCAAGCGACCCAUGAACGCCUUCAUGGUAUGGUCCCGAGGCCAGAGGCGCAAGAUGGCCCAGGAAAACCCCAAGAUGCACAACUCAGAAAUCAGCAAACGCCUAGGCGCCGAGUGGAAGCUUCUGUCGGAGGCAGAGAAGCGGCCGUACAUCGACGAAGCCAAGCGGCUCCGCGCGCAGCACAUGAAAGAGCACCCCGACUACAAGUACCGGCCGCGGCGCAAGCCCAAGAACCUGCUCAAGAAGGACAGGUAUGUCUUCCCCUUGCCCUACCUGGGCGACACGGACCCGCUCAAGGCGGCCGGCCUGCCCGUGGGGGCCUCCGACGGCCUCCUGAGCGCGCCCGAGAAAGCCCGGGCCUUCUUGCCGCCCGCCUCGGCGCCCUACUCCCUGCUGGACCCUGCGCAGUUUAGCUCAAGCGCCAUCCAGAAGAUGGGUGAAGUGCCCCACACCUUGGCCACCGGCGCGCUGCCCUACGCGUCCACCCUGGGUUACCAGAACGGCGCCUUCGGCAGCCUCGGCUGCCCCAGUCAGCACACGCACACGCACCUGUCCCCCACCAACCCGGGCUACGUGGUGCCCUGUAACUGUACCGCCUGGUCUGCCUCCACCCUGCAGCCCCCUGUCGCCUACAUCCUCUUCCCGGGCAUGACCAAGACUGGCAUAGACCCUUAUUCGUCAGCCCACGCCACGGCCAUGUAA